AUGGAAGAUCUUUACUUGAAACUUGGAAACAAAAUGACAUUUACAUUUGAAGGCUAUAAAGUAGUUACGCUUGGUGCUCUUAAUGGAUUGAAUUGUGAAGCUUAUGAUAAAUUUUUGAAAGAUUUUAUGGAAUUGUAUUGUUUCAUACGUAAAUGUGAAAAUUUUAAUCUUUUCCCGUUAAUAUGCUGCAUGUUGCAACGCCUUAUUGCCGCAAAAUUACUUUUAUGGGGAGUCAGUGACUGGAACUUUUCGGAAUAG